AUGGUGAAGGAAACGAUCCGGGUGUACGCGCGGGUGAAGCCGCUGGGCAGGCGGCAGCAGGCGGGGAGUUAUUCCAUUGAUAAUGAGGAACCUCUGCCCAGUCUGGAGAUUACUGUGCCACGUGACUUAGCAGAUGGAUUCAUCAACAAUAAACGAGAAAGCUACAAGUUCAAAUUUCAGAAAAUUUUUGAUCAAGAGGCAAAACAAGAUGUGAUUUUUGACAGCAUUGCCAAACCAGUAGCAGAAUGUGUUUUGGCUGGAUACAAUGGUACUAUCUUUGCAUAUGGUCAGACAGGCAGUGGCAAAACUUUUACCAUCACAGGAGGAGCAGAACGUUACAGUGAUCGAGGCAUCAUUCCCAGGACUUUAUCUUAUAUUUUCGAUCAAUUGCAGAAGGAUAGCAGUAAAGUGUACACAACUCAUGUUUCCUACUUAGAAAUCUACAAUGAAUGUGGUUAUGAUCUGCUGGACCCAAGACAUGAGGCCUCCAGAAUGGAAGAUUUGCCAAAAGUGACAAUAAUGGAAGACUCUGAUCAAAACAUUCACCUGAAAAACUUGUCUCUUCAGCAAGCAACCAAUGAAGAGGAGGCCUUAAACCUACUCUUCUUGGGGGACACCAACAGAAUGAUUGCUGAGACACCAAUGAAUCAAGCCUCAAGCCGGUCUCACUGCAUUUUCACUGUUCACAUCUCCAGCAAGGAACCUGGAUCUGCAACUACCCGACGCUCCAAGUUGCAUUUAGUAGAUCUUGCUGGAUCAGAACGUGUUGCAAAGACUGGAAUUGGAGGUCACUUACUGACAGAGGCAAAAUAUAUCAACCUGUCAUUACAUUAUUUGGAGCAGGUAAUAAUUGCCCUUGCAGAGAAAAAUCGGUCCCACAUUCCUUACCGAAACUCUAUGAUGACCUCAGUGCUAAGAGACAGCCUGGGAGGAAACUGCAUGACUACUAUGAUAGCAAUGCUUGCUAUGGACAAAAGAAACAUAGAUGAAUCUAUAUCAACCUGCAGAUUUGCACAGCGAGUUGCUCUUAUUAAGAAUGAAGCAGUUCUUAAUGAAGAAAUUGACCCCCGAUUGAUGAUUGUCCAGCUGAAAAAGGAGAUCCAGGAUUUGAAGGAUGAGUUGGCACUGGUGACUGGCAAGCAAAGAACAUCAGAGCUUUCCCAAGAAGAGCUACUUCAGUUGGAUGAGUUAAUUGAGACAUUUCUCAAGGAUGAUGAUCCUGAUAGCUCUCUGGACGUUGGUGCUGACAUGCGGAAGAUCAAGUAUUGCUUCAUUCAUAUGAAGCAAUUUAUAAAUCAUCCAAUGACUUCAGGUGAAAAACUGCUCUCACAAGACAUCUCUGAAGAAAAAAACAGUAACGAAGAGCUGGAAAAACUGAAAGGACUUCUGCAACAAAGAGACAACGAAAUCAAUAUUCUGGUAACUAUGCUGAAAAAAGAAAAAAAGAAAGCACGAGAUACUCUUUCCCAGCUUAAUGCCACCUCUGCUGGUUCUACAGUCUUGGAGCAGGCUCAUUCUAUGAGCUUGGAAGAAAGUCAGAGUCCAUCUAGAUGUUCUAGUCUGAAAGAGGCAAAAGUUUCCAGCUCUUCUGUUCCCGGACUACCUUUUCUUUCCAGAGCAACAGGAGGAAAGAUGUCACUUGGAUGUCAGGAAGCUUUUGAACUUUUCAAGCAGGACCAUGCUGAUAGUAUAACAAUUGAGGACAACAAACAGCUUCUGAAGCAGAGGUUUGAUGAAGCUAAAUGCCUUGGAGAGAAAUUAAAUGAAGUGAGAAAUAAAAUAAACCAUCUGAAAGGAAAGAUAAUCCAGAGGCAGAUACAGAGAGCAGCUCUAGCUGUUUCAAAUCCUUCUGAAGAACUAACGUUUGAUCCAGUAGAAGAGAAACUUCGAAUGCAAAUUGAAGAAGAAAAAAAAAGCUAUAAAACAGUGUACAGUCGCUUCAAAGGACUGAAGGUAGAGAUUGAGCACCUGCAGCUUCUUAUGGAAAAAGUGAAGAUGAAGCUGCAAAAAGAAUUUGAAGUCUGGUGGUCUGAAGAGGCAAGAAAAUUAGAGCAGGAAAAGCCAGAGAGGGCUGCCUCACCGAAUACUGUCACUGUUAAUCCACAGUUUAUCAGAUCCUUGCAGCACCUAUCACCUAUCAGUUUUUCAGACACAAGUAGAGACAGCCCUAAUGAAGAUCCAGCUGUGAAAAACAAUUCAGUCACUUUUGGUAGCCCAACUUUAAACACAAGGACCCCACCAAGUUCAAGUACAUCUAUUCCUCUGACUGGAGACAGCCAGGCUGAUGCUGACAUCCUAGCUUUCAUUAAAGCAAGACAGAACAUCCUGCAGAAGAAAGGUAAAUCCUGCCAAAAAAUAGGAAGCAAAACCAUAAUCUCCAGUACAGCAUUUUGA